AGAGAUGUUAUAAACAUACGGACAAGUUGGACAAGCGAAUCUGUACAGUGUUUUUCCCGUAGAUUCUUCAACGGACAAAACGUUUGAACAGUGCCGAAAAAUGUGUUGAGUUUGUUGUUGUUUGGUUAUUUGAUGCUGUCAUUUGUGCAUUUUUAGCGGGAUGUAUUUGUGUCAUUUUGUCACUUUUGACCAGGAGGGCUUCUGGGAAACGACCUGCUCUAAUUGUCCCUGUGGACAUAAUGAGUGGUCAGUUACGAAACAGAUGGUCAAUCGCUGUUGCAUUCGCCACGAUGUUGUCAACAACGAGCGGUCUUCUUUUUCAACAGAAGUUUUUGUUCAUCCGAAGAGGCAACCAAGACCUUUCCAAUGUCUAUUCUCUGCUUAAUCUAAUUCUGACUGUACUGACGUAUUUCUUGGUCUAUUAUCCCUAUUUGGCAUGUCUGAUGUCGGAGCAUCGUUUGGUAGCCUCAUGUCUAGGCUUUUGUUACGCGGCGUUCAGAUAUAUUGUUAUAACAAUGAACACGUUUGGUUGUUGGAAUUAUCUGACACAAUCAGGUGAGGAGUUCAAAUCUUUGAAGCUUCUUUUGGAGGUGCCUGUGGUGAUUUUCAACGCCUUUCUUUUUAUACGAUUCGCUUUUCUGACCAUUUAUUAUACCUGGAAAAAAUUUCGCUCCCCAAGGGAAGAGGAUGACUGGUUGAGAAUUGUUGACAUCUCAACUGUGAAUUACGUUAGUUGUUUACUGAACCCAUUCAAAAGUACCUUGCAUGAAAAAAAGGGAAUAUUAGCCAAAUUUUCGUGUACAACCGGUUUUAAAUUUUCCAGUACAACUCUGGCAACAUUUUUGGUAUCUGUACUUCUAGUCUUUAAUGCAUCACUAAUUGUAAUUCGUCAAGUUCUCGUUCUGGAAAUACUCAAGUUUCAUCCUCUAGAUAUCAUCAUUAGAGUACCAACGAUAGCAUCUGUGAGCGUAGCCUCCCUGAUCACGUGUGGAAUGCUGGUUCAUUUCUUGUAUUGCCACAGGAGAAAUAUGUUGCGAAUGUUCCAAGGUGAUAAAUCAUUUCUUCCUCCGGAUCUUGGCUCCCCAUCUCAUAUUGUGGGUCGAAGUUUACGUUUUUGUGGCUAUCAGGUUGCCGCUGCUGGAUGGGGUGCUUUGGCUUUAGGAACCAUUCUUACAACUGCAUCAUGUAUCUCCGUGGCCCUGGUGCAUUAUUGGGAAUAUAUAAUCAGUUCUGAAAGACUUGCUGUGAUAAAACGUUUCGUUCUUUUUGUGAUUCUUCCAUUCGCUGGAUAUUAUCUCCUGAUAUGGCUCAUAAUCAAACUGCUUGCAAGAUAUGUGUUUCGAGACUUCAAACACCCUGAUAGGAUUCUGACUAUAAACAACAGGAAACUCUACAAUAUAUCCAUAUUUUUCUUCUAUUUCCACACAAUUAUAAUGGGAAUUGCGGGUGUGUUAGCCCGCACGUUUACUGGAAUAUUUCUUGGAUUAUUUUUCCUAUCUCGCACGGACCGCAACCUCAUGAUUCAAGGCUUUCAUAACUCCGACCGGGGAUAUGCCUCCUAUAUUGGAUACCUUCACGUGAUUGCGUUGCACAGGAACCCCGUACGUGUUGUGUUCUGCCAAAUAUUAUACGAUCUUGUAUACAAGCAGCAUGUCGUCGUGAAAAGAGGUAAAUCUGGGACUGCCUCAUACCCGCGGAUCUCAAAGUUCGCUUUAAACCGUUGGCAUUUAGCUGUGACACUUAUACGUAAUCCCCAGCUUCAGCGACACCGUGUGCAUUCAGAUGUACCUAGGAGUCGCCGUCCAACAACAGAUGUACUCUAUCUAAACGAAAUUGAUUUGAUAUCCCUUCCCUCCCUCAAACUUCACCUGAAUAAUGACGAUAAAUCUCUAGUAAAAUAAUAAGAAAUUAUAAACACGAUAUUUUUUUAUAAAAUAAGACAUUCAACUAAGACUUUUGGCAUGAUAAAUGAAA